GAGAACAGGUGCCACCUCCAGAUAACCCAGACCUGGUCCCGGCAGGAGUGCCACACUACCUCAACACAGCCAUGGCAGAAACCGUUUCAUGGGCGCUCCGUCGUCUUACACUGAUUGUUCUCUGGGUCCACGUGACACAUCAGUCUCACUUCCAGCGCACUGUUGUGUUCAUCCGCGCCAGUACAGAUCUCGGGGAGAAUGUAUUCAUACGAGGAGGGAGAGGCAACUGCUCGGCUGACUCUUGUCCCAUCCCCAUCAAACACCGGAUAGUGCCUACACACGCGCAUGCAGGGGCAUACUACACGUGGUCGCUAGGAGACCGGCACCUGGACUGGCAUGGCAUGGAGACAAGCCAGCACUCCUUCCACGGCAACAAGCCCCAUGGAACACCCAUGAUAUGGACCACGAAUAAACAUGUCCAGGGCGGGCCCACGGUACGGGAUGACGGCUUCGGGUACACGCCAACUAACAAGCUCGGUAGCAACUUCUGGAUGGUGGAUAUCGACAUGGACUGUUCGCAAACAUACAACGGCUGGUUUGAGUUUAAGGCCUACACGGCGGCUGGCGACCAAGGGUCAUGGGAGCCGAAUGUAGAUCAAACCGAGGCUUGCGGAGGUGACGUUGACGGGAGAAGACCAUACCAGUCGAUAAAUCACAUGGCGCUGUGCGGAAAGAUGAAUAUCUUUUACUUCAUGAACUAUGGUUGCACCAUCAACAAUAUCAAUGACACGCUACAGUCUGUUAAUACAGAUAGGUGUGGUCACCGCAACCCCUCUCGCCGUAUUGUUGGGGGCCACCCGGCCACCCCCGGGACCUGGCCUUGGAUGCUGGAGGUCAUGUACCAAGGCAAUCACGGAUGUGGCGCUGUCCUCAUCUCCCCCACGUGGGCAGUGACAGCAGGCCACUGCGUCCGAACAGCUAAAACCUAUGGACCUUGGGCGACUGUAGUACGGGCUGGGGAAACAAACCGACACACGAUCAGUGGAAGAGAAAAAGAUUACUUUGUCAAACAAAUAAUCAAGCACCCUUUAUUUGACAAAACCAAGCCCAACCAUGACAUUGCUCUUUUGGAAAUCGUGAACCCCGUGUACACAGAAACUGAUGACGUCACAGCAGCAUGUUUACCGAGCGGAAACCUCUUAGAUGAUUUCGUGGCCAAGGAAUGCUGGGCUAUCGGAUGGGGCAGAACCCAUGGCGGGGGAGACCGGAUGAAGCUACAAGAGGUCAGGGUAGACGUGGCCACAAACACUGCCUGUCAUGAUUACUAUGGAAACAACGUGACGACACGCGAUGUCUGUGCCGGACUUGGUUCAAAAUCUGCCUGUGGGGGCGAUUCCGGGAGUCCACUCUCCUGUCAGGUCAAAGGUCGAUGGUAUGUCGUGGGCGUAGUCUCCUGGGGUGAUGACGGUUGCCAUGGACGCCCGACUGUGUUCACGCGAAUCUCUGCCUAUCUCGACUGGAUAAAAUCAGAAACAGGAAUUGAUAUUUCGCAUAAUGUCAUAAUUGGGUAAUAAACAGUCACUUCGGUCGUAUAAUUUCAUA